AUGCUCCCAGAUUCUGCUCUGAUCUCUGUAAGAGCGGCUUACGUGAAUUCCAUCGAUGACGUCGAUCUAUGUAUUAUCAACACAUGGCCCGGAACAGGACGAGAUACCGAGAAUGUUCUCAAAACACCUUCCACUAUCGCUUAUCCAGAGGAGAAUAAGAAGAUUGGAACGCGGCGCUGGGGGUUUGGGGUUGAACCAGGACAUAAAUUCUACUCAUGGACCAAAUUGCUUCUUGACAAAAACGCUCCGUUGACAAAGUACGAUGACCCAAUUCUGGAGCAGGCAACCAAAUCGGGCAUUCUGCAACUACCCGCAAAUAAAGAUGCAGUGACUGUUGUCGCCGAUUACCUUACCGGCAUAUACGACCACAUUAUGCUCACACUUGAGAAACAACUCACUGAGCCCGUCUUGAGGGUGUCCCCCAUCGAGUUUUGGUUCACAAUGCCAGCGAUAUGGUCCGACCAAGCGCAGGCUGCAACAAGAGAGGCCGCACAGAGAGCAGGUUUUGGCUCUAGGCCUGGGAGACCAUUAGAUGCGAUUAACAUGAUCACGGAGCCAGAGGCGGCUGCCAUUGCAGCUCUAACACGAAGCACAACUGACAUAGUCGGUGUUCCGGUCAAGGCUGGUGAUGGAGUUCUGGUGUGCGAUUGUGGAGGAGGGACUGUUGAUAUCACAACAUAUCUAGUGACAGAAACCCAACCAACACUGGCCUUUGAAGAGCUUUGCACAGGAAUCGGUGGAAAAUGUGGAUCGACUGCACUUGACAGAAACUUUUACAAGCUCAUGUCUGAACGCUUCGGCCCUGCCUUUGAUAAGCUACCAAUGAAGAGAAAGGGCCCUGGAAGUACCUUUAUGAGUUGCUUUGAACGCAUAAAGAGGAAUUUUGGUCAUAAUAGUGAAGACACUACGCAUGAUAUCGAGUUCCCUAUGAGGUCUUUGGAGGUGGAUCCUCAAUACUACGAUGAUGACGAUCAGGCGGUUAUUAUAUCCGACGAAGAUCUUCGCGAUAUAUUCGAUCCAGUCGUGAAUCAGAUCAUAGACUUGAUCAAAACACAGAUCAAAGAUGCAAACAAGGAGAUGGAGCAUGGCACAAUAAAUAGAAUCAUUCUCGUUGGUGGUUUCGGAGAUUCAGAAUAUCUGCGAAAAGCAAUCAAAAAAACGUUUGGCUCUAACGAGAAAAUGGCCAUCACGGUACCAAGCAACCCGCAGGGUGCUAUUGUUCAAGGAGCUGCACUUCGUGGUUUGCACGGCAUCCGGGCUACAGCAAGAAGAUGUCGCCGACAUUACGGGUUUGACUGGGAUUUAAAAUUUCGAGAAGGUAUUGAUGAUGAAAAGCAUUCGUAUUGGGAUCGAUACCGGGGCCAGAAAACUGUCGCAGGAAUAAUGAAAUGGAUGAUCAAAAAGGGAGAGAAAUACAAUGAAGAUUACUCCAUGACUGUGAAUAUUUGCUCGAGUCACUGGCCUUCAUAUUCGCUUAACAGAUACACAAAUCUGUACGCCUCGGAUCUGAUGGAGGCUCCAGAACGAAUUGAGAAUCCUGGCGUCAAGUAUAUUGGCAGAAUAAAAAGUGACUUUACUGGAGUCGACCUCAAUCAAUUUGACAGCAAGUUCAUUGAUGGAGAAAUGGUAUAUGAACUAAGUUAUUCCGUGAAAGUGGUUAUCGGGGCUCAAGAGGGAAUUCUGAAAUUUGAGACUACUUCAAAAGGAAAAGUCAUUGGGAAGAGCAGUAUCACUUUUGCUAAAGCAAGCUAUUAUUAG